AAUUUCAUUUUUUGUUUUUUCUCUAAUUUUUAAUUUUGUAUUGUAAUCUCAAUCGAUUAUAAAACGCAUAUAUUAUAUCUGAUUAGAUGUUUGGAUUGCAAUGGGUCGAUUUCGUAGUUCUGUUAUGCGAUUAUUGAUAUUGUUGUUUUCUUUAAUUUCUUAUGGUGGUUUCCCUUCGAACUUUUUCUGCCUAAUUGGGGUGUUUUUGGGCUGUGCAAUGUUUAAUAUCUUUUGGUUUUUGUGUUUGGUUUUACUGGGAUUUUAAAAAAGUUGUGAUUUUCAUUUAUUUGUUUUAGCAAUAAUCUAUUUUUCAGAAGUAGUAUUGUGGUCGAUUGAUCAAAUUCGAGUUAUUUUUCCAUUUGAAAUCUGGACCACAGGGUUUCAACGGUUUCUGUUUGUUUCAAUAUUUUUCUUUAUUUUGAUGUGCGACUAUGUGAAUCAAGAACCUUUUUUGGAUGCUUGUAGUUCUUGGUUAUCUUAAAAAACGAAAAAGAAAAAUCACUUUUCCUUUAUCCUUAGCCACUGGUAGGUUCCUGGUACGUAUUCUUAGUUCUAGCUAGAUUUCAAGUAAAGAAAUUUAAGAUGUGAUUUACUGUGAGCCUUCUAUUACUAAUUUUUAUUUGUGGGUUUGCAUUUUUUCAAGCUACUCCACUGUGUUCUAGUAAAAAAUUGGUCCUUUAUGGUGGCUAUUUACCUUACAGUUAAUCAUUUAGUUGAAAAUAUAGACCUGAAUGGCUAUUCUUAUGCUGCUUCAUACAUGUAUGGUUUUGGCACCCAGUCUCAAGAUCAAAAUUUUCAUGUCUAUCUUUCUUUAUAUCUUUGUUUUUGUAUGUGACAUGUGCAAGUAGUUGCCUAAAUUUCUUUUGUGCAUAUCCUUCUGGAAAUCUAUUUUCUGAGUUCACCUCACCCUUAUUUCCUCCAGAACUAGUUAUGCAAUGGCAAGUGAAAAGCCGAAACAAGGAGGUAAAUCACCAAUGUCUUCUUCCUUCCCCCAAAGCAAUGAAGAGCUUGCACCCUUUCAUCUACAGGAUGGAGCUGAUAAUCUUGCUGGUAUUAUUGAUAAUAUGGUGCAGUCUGCUACUUUUUUUCUAGCUGGGGAUGUGCAUGGAAUGCCUCAAUCUCAUGCACAGGAAAUGUCAUUUCCUGUGAUGAAGGAUGAUUUGGCAUGGAAUGUGAAUGUGAAUGAUUUUGGUCAAUACCAUACUCUUGGGGAUUCCGUCGCUGCUGCUGCUAAUAUCCACACCACUGGUCUUGGCAAUUCUCAAAUUGAGAGAAAUAAUGUAACCAAUGGAGCUGAUGUGAGCAGUGGCUUACAAAUGUUGAAAGCUGGUGGGGAGGCAAAUGAUAAUGAAAUUUGUAGGCCUUGGCUAAUUGAAAAUCAAAUCAACCAUGCAGGUACUAUGUCUUUAUCAGGCUAUAUCCCAUCUGCUGGAGAAUUCGGAAUGAACAUUUCACAGAUGUGCACAGCUGGUGGAGAAGCAAAUGGUAAUAAUAUUCCUGUGCCUUGGGUAUUUGGAAAUCAAUUCAUCCAUGCAGGUACUACACCUGUCUUAGGCCAUAAUGAAGUUAACGGAGAAUUGAGAAUUAAUAACAGUUUUAUGGCAGGUGUAGCUCAAUCGAAUAAUCCUGAAAUGCUUGAUGGGAAUUUUCUUACUCUUGGAUAUGAAUCUAAUGUGGAGACUGGAUCUAAAUAUAAUGUCUCCAGCGAAGACAACAGUCAGGGCACUAAACAGAUUGUUCUAUCCAUGUUAAACACUUAUUCUAGUCAAAAUUUUGCCAGAAAUUCUUUGAAUUCUAGCUCUAAAUUGGCUGAUGAUUCUUCUAGUUUCUGUAAGUAUGACAGUGGAUUUAUUAGACGAGCACUGAAUGAGAGUGACUGUAAAAGAAUAGGCCAUGUACAGAAUGAUGAUGGUUUUUCUAGUUUAGGGCAGAAUGCAAAUGGGAUGUCUCAUCAAGUAUGCAAUGCUAAUGUAUUUUCUAGCCCGGUGCAGAAUGUGGUUGCAUCUUAUCAUCAAGCUGAGAACAAAGAUAGAUCUUCCAGUCAAACACAGAAUGUAGGUUGGCUUUCUAAACCAUCUGGGGAUGGGAGAGUUGGGACCCAGUUGCCACUGGUAGAUAAGCAACAUCAUAAUCAUACCCCAACCAGCUGGAACUCAGGACUUGGAGAGAAAAAGAAAGCGACAUUUGCAAAUACAAAUCCUCACACAAGCUUUCAAGGUCUUCGAACUAAAUCAUUAAUGCCACCUAAUAGCAACCAAGUUUUCUUACCUGACACUGGAUGGUUUGGGGUGACUGAGUCGUCACCACCAUCUUCUUGGGUUAGGAGUACUAUUCAACCUGCUUCUGAUCAGCUACGGAGUCCUCAUGUAGGAUCUGUCAGGAACUUCUCAUCCAACCCUUCUGUGGUUUUGCCCUUUAAUGGGGUCACAAGAAGCAUUGGCUUGCAGGGUCAAUCAGGUCAUCCUGUUCAAGCUAAUAACGCUUCUACAGCUAAAGCUGCUAAAGGUGAUCUGUUUUCCAAGAGUAUUAGAAUUCAGCCAGCUAAUGAAGGCAUCUCCCAUAUAUUUUACCAGCAUCACAUGUCUGCUAUGUGUGUGCAUGCGACUUUGUGUGCAUCACUAGGCUAAUUUUCUAAUUUCACUAAUGUUCAAGAUCAAGUUCCUUUUAUGAUAAAUAAGUUUGCAAAACCACUUUUGGAAUUUGGUUUUACAGUAUUCAUCAAGUCUAUGUUGAAGCCCCAGUUGUGGCAGGAAUGUUGGUGUGGUAGUUGAAUUCAGUAACGAACAUGGCUAGCUAUUAUUCAUAACAUUGGAAAAACAAUAAAUCACAUGCUUUUAUUUCUAGAUAAUAUAAAAGCAGAAGCUUGUCAUAUAGUAUCCUCUUAGCAUUUGUAUGCUAAUUUGUGUUACAGUUAUAGUUUCUAAAUUUCAUUUUUACCAAGUCUAAGUCAUGGGCAACUUUGACUAUGGCAACUAAGUUUUCAUUCUCACUGGUAAUAUCCAUCGAUGGUUUCUUGCAUGUAAUCUUGGUCAAUCUCCAGCCUCUUUUCUGGUCCAGCCUUCUAGAAGUUUGUCUGUCCUUGCUUAUACCACCAGUACACUGUUCUCGCUUAUACCACUAGUACCUCUUAUGAACACCACUGUUGCUUUUAAAUUUUAGUGCUUGUUUCUGUGAAACUACUAGUGUUAUUUUACAACUUACAGGUCAAGAAAUUCCAGCAGUUAAUGAGCCUAACCAGUCUUCCAGUGUCCCUUCUGGACCAUCACUUAAGAGGACUGCAUCCAUAUGCCCUCCCAGUGCUCCUCAGCCUUGGUGCAAAAAGACCAGAUCAAUUAAACCUGUCAGCC